AUGAGCAUAAUAGGCCGCGCAGAGCCGGGGGCCUCCCCCGAUUCCCCAUGUAGGGGGCCCCCCACAGGGGUCCAUCGGGGGCAGGCGUUCGGCGAGCCAGGGGCGGCCCAUGGGCGGGGAUACAGAUGUAGAGGGAAUGGAAAUAACACCCGUACAGCAUGGUUUAACAGUGGAGGGCCUUACCUGAGGCUUUGUGGAGCCUCCCAGUAUCCUAGAGGAGCUUCCGUACAGCGAGGUUCUCAGCGGAUGCCAAGGGGAGCUCCUGUAGGAACCGUGUUUCGAGGAGCUUUUCCUAGUCGGCGCGGCCCCAGUCAGAAACUUGUCUGUGGGAUAUGUGGGGAGGGGGAGGGAGUGUAUCGGUUUCGGUGCUGCCGAGUUUCUUUCUGCAGCUGUGCAUGCUACAAAGAGCAUACGAGCCGGCCUUGUCAGUACAAGGGAGAGCAGCAGCCCCAGCAGAAAGUAGAAACAGCAACUUAUUGUGAGGCAAGUGAACAGAAAGGGGCAUGUGAAGCUCCGCAGACGGUGGAGGUCGAGUCGCCAGCAUCAGCGGCGACAACAGGUGCAGUAUCUCAAGCCGCAGUAGCCCAAGCAGAUCCAUCAGGAGAUGGACGGAUUUCACUGUCCUCCCCUGAUAGUGCUCCCUUGCCUCCUUUUCCAUAUUCUUCUGUUGCUGAAAAAAGUCCAUCAAAGCGGAGGGCAGUUCAACAUACAAGGGGAGCAGUGCACCAUUUCCCCGAACUAUCAGCUGCCGAAGAAGCCGCUGUUCGGUCCGUGUCAUCGUGCCCUGAGCUUCAAAGUGCGUCUGUGCGGGAUGCAGUGUCAUCCGUCGUCACUGCUCUUUCUCGGGGGCCUUUCGCUGCACUUUCUGUGUUUGAGGAACUGCUGCAAGACCCGUCAUUUGCUGCCUUUGUUCAUGUUUUAAGCGAAGCUCUGCACCCCGAUAGCGUGGAUGCAGAAAAAUGUGCAAGCGGGGCAUCAAGAGAAGAGCGAAUAGUGGCCAGCAACCGAAAUACGCAGAGGUGCACGGGGGAACAGGGGCCUGGUCGAACUGACUAG